CGCCCACCACUCAAGUCCGCCUGCCGACUUGCUUUCCUCCCUCGUCUCUCUCACUCGACACUACCUUAUCGCCUCUCUACCUCUCACUAUGCCCAAGGAGUCCAAGACCCGCUCUGGCAAGGCCACCGCCGCCGCCAAGCCCAAGAAGGACCCCAACGCGCCCAAGCGUCCCCUCUCGGCGUACAUGCACUUCUCGCAGGACAAGCGCUCCGAGGUCAAGGAGGAGAACCCCGACGUGACGUUCGGCGAGAUCGGCAAGCUCCUCGGCGCCAAGUGGAAGGAGGCCACCGACGACGAGAAGAAGCCGUACCAGGCCAAGGCUGAGGCCGACAAGGAGCGCUACGAGAAGGAGAAGUCGGCGUACGACGAGGAGAACCCGGACCAGGCCAAGCCCGCGUCGAAGAAGAAGGCGCCGGCCAAGAAGGCCAAGAAGGCCUCGAGCGACGAGGAGUCGGCCGGCGACGCCAAGGACGACUCGGACGACGAGUAGAUAUACCGUCACCGUGUUCUCUUCGUCCAGCUUCCCCUUCCCGUCUUCUUCCCGACGGCAUCGACCGCCUCAUCGGCAUGCCUCGCCGUCGUCGAUACCCCUUCUCGCUUUCACCCCGCGUUGUAGUUCCCGCCCCUCCUGCCCCUGACUAUCAGUGCUGUGCCCCCCAAAUGUGUGUGUGUGCGACUUGUCUGUGUGCCAACGCCGCUGAAAGAGUUGCCCUCACCCUC